UGAUGUCAAUUAAAACGCUCGAAACUGACUGCGCAAUGUGGAGAACGACGGUUCAAAACAUGUUCCAGUUCCUCGCUCGCGGAUCAUCAACAUGUGGCUGACCUUGCUGGUUGGCGCUUUAACCGUGCUGCUGGCCUGGGACUUUGUACGCAAGCGGCACAGCUGCGCCACUUUGGAGAGAUCGGGCAUUACGGGUCCCCUCUCGCUGCCGCUGCUGGGCUGCGGGAUACAAGCACUGCAGCUGGGUGCAGAGAAUAUCAUCGACUAUGUUGGCGCUUGCUUUGAUAAAUACGGCGCGACCUUUCGCUUCUGGAUACUCAACGAGUCGCUGAUCUACACCAAGGAUCUAGGCCACUUUGAGGCCAUAUUAAGCAGCACCACGCUGCUAGAGAAGGGUCAGCUUUACCAGUUCCUGCGCCCCUUUCUCAACGACGGGCUGUUGUUGAGCGUGGGCAGAAAGUGGCACUCCAGGCGCAAAGUCUUUUCCAAUGUUUUUCACUUUAAGAUAUUGGAGCACUACGUGGGCAUUAUGGACUGCCAGAGCGCCGUCUUGGUGGAGAAACUACAGCCAUUGGCCGAUGGGAAGCAUGUUGUGGAUAUGCUGAAGUACGUGUCGCUGGCAGCCCUGGAUGUCAUUACGGAGACGGCCAUGGGCGUGCAGGUGAAUGCACAAAGUGAUCCAGAAUUUCCAUAUAUAAAAGCGCUAAAAAGCGUCGUCAACAUCCAGCCGGAUCGCAUGUUUAAGUUCUCACAGCGUUACGAGUGGCUCUUUAAACUCAUGGCUCCAUUGUUGCACAUGAAGCUAGUGCGAGAUAUUCGCAUCAUGCAUGACUUCACCGACAAGGUCAUCCGAGAGCGAAGGGAGGCGGUUGAGCGCGCCAAGGCCGACGGCAGCUACCGACCGUUGUGUCUGGGCGAUGAGGACAUAGGCAGAAGGCCGCAGAUGGCACUGCUUGAUAUUCUGCUUCAGUCUUCCAUCCAAGGCAGCCCGCUCACCGAUACAGACAUUCGCGAGGAGGUGGACACCUUCAUGUUCGAGGGCGACGACACCACCAGCAGCGGGGUCUCGCAUGCGCUCUAUUGCCUCGCCAGAUACCCCGAGGUGCAGGCGAAGCUAUACGACGAGCUGCUCCAGGUGCUUGGCAAAAAUCGAAUGGAGCCAAUCAGCCAGGCUCAGCUGCAGGAGCUCAAAUAUUUGGAAUGUGUCAUCAAGGAGACAAUGCGACUCUACCCGCCAGUGCCAGCGAUUGGCAGACAUACCAGAAAGGAUCUCCAGAUUGGCGAACAGACCAUACCGGCAAACACCAGCAUAUAUUUGGUGCUAUACUUUGCGCAUCGCGAUCCCAAAUACUUUCCCGAUCCGUUGAGCUUUAAGCCAGAGCGCUUUCUAAAUGAUACGUGGGAAGCGGAGGGCAAGCGACAGACAUUUGCCUAUUUGCCAUUCAGUGCAGGGCCCAAGAACUGUAUUGGCCAAAAGUUUGCCAUGCUCGAAAUGAAAACGUUGAUCAGCAAGGUGAUUCGACAUUACGAGCUGCUACCCGAAGGACCGGAGGUAAGCCCAAUGAUGAACUUCAUAUUGCGCUCACCAACGGGCAUGAAUGUAGCCUUAAAGCCGAGAUUGGAAUAGGAAUGGGAAGUACGAUUCCAU